AUGUGCUCAAAGAAGGGCGGGCACGAUGAGCUGGAGGCAGCUCUGCAACCAGUUGUCCAUGUCGGACACGCCGGUGUUCCUUCUAAGACGCUUGCUCCUGUUCAUCGUCUCAGCUUCUGGCGCCGCCAUCCGCAACGACUUUGCCUCGGCGGCUGCAAGUACAUGCGCACCAUGGACACGCCUCUCGACUUCGGGUUUUCGUCGUAG